UUGGGACAAUGAGGUUAGUUGGACUGGUUGAGAGAGGGGGGAAAGGGCUGAAAAACCUCUGUUUCUGCGACUACUCCCAACACAAUAACUAAUAAGUAACUUAUUUCUCUCUCUCUCUCUCGCUAUAUAUGAAGUAUAUAAUUUCUAGUUUCUCUCUCCUGUGUCCUGAAUCCUGAUGCGAUCAAAUUUGUUUAUGAACGUGUAUGCGAAGUUUUGAUCUGGGUUUUAGGGUUUGAAGAAUUGCAAUUGCUGCUGUUCUAUAUUAUAUUUUUAGGGAUUUAAUGGCGUCAAAUCCUCCAUUCGAGUUGGAGGAUCAGACGGAUGAGGAUUUCUUUGAUAAGCUAGUAAGCGACGAUGAUGAUGAUGAUGUUAGUUCCAGAACCACCCAAUUCAUCAAAACCCAUGAUAUAUUGGAUGGGAAUGAGUCUGAUGAAGUUAAAGCAUUUGCCAAUUUAAGCUUAGGCGAGAUUAGUGAUCAAAAUAUUGGCUCCCAAACCAAAGGGGAGCGUGCAAGCGAUGAGAGUGUUGAGUCUGAUGAAGUUAAACUAUUUGCUGAUUUAAGCUUAGGCGAUCUUAGUAGUGAAGGCAUUGGCUCGAAAACGACGGGGGUGCAGGGAAGCGAUGAUAAUAUUGGAACUCAGAGUGUUGAAGCAAGGGAAGAAGAACAGGUGGUUGUUGCGGAGGCUGAUCACACAUCAGUAUCGUCAGUCUUUCCUUCUUUGGACAAUGGACCAGUGUCAGAGGAUGCAAUUACGGCUUUUGAGGUUAAGUCAGAUUUGAGUGAAGAGAAUAAUUUACCCACAAGUGGUGUUAAGGAAGUCCAGUGGAGUGCCUAUACUGAUCCAGCUCUACAAGGUAGUGGCGGUGAGGUUGAAUCUUAUGAUGAUUUUUUUGCUAGUUUAGGAGAAGGAGAAAUAGGAAAUUUUCAGACUGAAGCUGAGGCUGCCCCUGGAUAUGGAACAAGGGAGAAUAAAACUCUAGAGAGUUCAUAUAUUCAUGCUGAGUAUCAAGGUACAACGGGGACGUAUGCUGAACAACUUCCUAAUGGGGAAAAUACAUACAGUGUUGAGUAUUGGGAGAGUCUUUACCCUGGAUGGAAAUAUGAUCCAAACACGGCGCAAUGGUAUCAGUUGCACGGCAGUGAUGGAACUAAAAAUGGACAGGAGAGCUUUGGCUUCACUGGUGGAAAUGUACAAAGUACGUUUGAUGCUGAUGGGCACAGUCCAUCUGCAUCUUCUGAUGUCCAGUCAUACCAAGUUUCUUAUGAGCAGCAAACAGCUCAGUAUGCGGUUGGUGAUAUAAGUCAAUAUAGUACAACUGAAAAUAUGUCCGGCUUGAAUUCGGUGCUGCAACAGGAUGGGAAAUAUCAGUAUCCAGUGCAUAUGAUUUUUGAUCCUCAGUACCCUGGAUGGUAUUAUGAUACAAUACUGCAACAAUGGUGUUCAUUGGAAGCAUAUCAUGCACUAGUUCAGUCAACAGAUCAGACUCGUAAUCAAAAUGGAUUCUUUUCCUCAUCAGCUAAUUCUCAUAAUAGCAGUCAGGGUACCAAUCAUAUUGAUGGGCCACAAGGUCCCAGCAGCGAAAGAGGCCUUAAUAAUUUUUCGGCUACAUCCUCUGCAGAAUAUGGUCAACAGGGUGGAACUGCUCAGUUUGGGAUGGUGGGUACCUCUGCUGAAAAUGAUUUUCAGCUAUUCAGUCAUGUUGAACAAGUACCGCAGAAUGGGCCAGCUCAAUAUGCAACUGAUUUUUACAAUAGUCAACAUGCAGCUACUGUUGGCCAACCCUUUUCUUCCAAUGGCCACUAUGGUUCUUAUACACCAAGCGAGGGAAGGUCAUCUGCAGGUCGUCCACCUCAUGCGUUAGUUACAUUUGGGUUUGGGGGGAAGCUUGUAGUUAUGAAAGAUAAUUGUGCUGGUGGGUUCUCAACAAUUGGGAGCAAGAAUGGUGAUGGAUGCUUCCUAUCUGUGCUCAAUAUGAUGGAAGUUGUGAGUUUGAACAAUGGUCCUUCUAGCACUGAGAUAGGUGCUCAUAGCUAUUUUAAUUAUCUGUGUCAUCAAUCUUUCCCUGGUCCUUUGGUUGGGGGAAAUGUGGGAAGCAAAGAGUUGAAUAAAUGGAUUGAUGAGAGGAUAGCAAACUCUGAAUCUCUGGAAAUGAAUUAUGGUAAAAGUCAAGGUUUGAAGUUGCUUCUCUCCUUACUUAAAAUAGCAUGUCAGCAUUAUGGAAAACUUCGGUCCUUUGGCGGGGACACAGGAUUGAAGGAAAAUGACCUUCCAGAAUCAGCAGUUGCUAAACUCUUUGCGUCUGCCAAGAGGAAUGAUGACCAGUUUAGUGAGUCAAAAUGCUUAUUAACCUUGCCUUCUGAAGCAUAUAUGCAGACAACUGCUUCUGAAGUACAAAAACUUCUUAUAGCCGGUAGAAAAAUGGAGGCUUUGCACCGUGCUCAAGAAGGUCAGUUCUGGGGAUUUGCUCUGAUUCUUGCUCGUGAACUUGGGGAGCAGUUUUAUGCUGAUACUGUGAAGCAAAUGGCCGUCAGCCAGCUAGUGGUUGGUUCACCUUUGAGAACCCUUUGCCUUUUAAUUGCAAGAAAACCAGAAGAGGUUUUCUCCAACAGCAUCUUACCUCCUGGCAACAUAUAUGGAGCAGUAAAUACACCACAACUGGUGCAGAAUGCAGGCUGUAGCAUGUUGGAUAACUGGGAGGAGAAUUUGGCUGUAAUAUCUGCAAAUAGAACUGAGAAUGAUCAUCUUGUGAUUAUCCAUCUAGGAGAUUGUCUGCUGAAGGAAAAGAAUGAUGUUACUGCUGCACAUAUCUGCUACUUGGUUGCGGAAGCUGGUUUUGAGUUAUACUCAGAUAGUGCAAGAUUGUGUCUCAUUGGUGCAGACCACUGGAACUCCCCAAGGACGUAUGCGAAUCCUGAGGCUAUUCAGAGAACAGAGCUUUUUGAGUAUGCAAAGUUUCUUGGGAAUUCUCAGUAUGUUCUGCUUCAACUUCAGGCAUAUAAACUCAUAUAUGCACAUAUGCUAGCGGAGGUUGGAAAGGUUUCAGAUUCAUUAAAAUACUGUCAAGCUGUUAACAAAUCUCUCAAGAUUGGGCGAUCAUCAGAGGUGGAUACAUUGAAACAGUUGUUAUCAUCUCUUGAAGAGAGGAUUAGGACACACCAACAGAGUGGAUAUGCAGCUAACUUAGCUCCGGCAAAGAUAGUGGGUAAAUUGCUCAACUUUUUUGAUAGUACCGCUCAUCGUGUUGUUGGAGGACUCCCUCCACCUGGUCCUUCAUCUUUAACUACACCAAGUAGUUUUCAAGGCAACGAAAAUCAAUUUCAGACACUGGCCCCUAAGGUAAUAGACAAUCAAUCAAUUAUGGGUGUUUCAUCGAUGACACCAUCAGCAUCCAUGAAUAUAAUGAGCAGUCAAUCAACCAUGGGUAUGUCAUCGCUGACACCAUCAGCAUCCAUGGAGCCAAUAAGCCAAUGGGCCGUAGAUGAAAGUAAAAUGACCUUGCAAAAUAGAAGCAUAUCAGAGCCAGAUAUUGGUAGAACACCUAGGCCGGAUCCAGUGAGUUCUGCAAAUGAAUCAACUUCUUCCAGCACAGUGGGAAAACAAUCUGGCUCAACAAGAACAUCUCGUUUUGGUCGUUUGAACUUUGGUGCUCAAAUCCUGCAAAAGACUGUUGGAUUGGUCUUAGGACCUCGUCAAGGCCGCCAGGCAAAAUUGGGGGAUGCAAAUAAAUUCUAUUACGACGAAAAGCUAAAGAGAUGGGUGGAGGAAGGUGUUGAACCAACUCCUGAAGAAUCUGCCCCGCCGCCGCCACCAGUGACUGGAGCAUUCCAAAAUGGAAAUUCAGAUUAUAACUUGAAGAAUGCAUUGAAUGACGGACUGAAUGCCGUCAAUGGUAGUCCAGGAUCUAUAACGUCAACUCCUGAAAGCAGCGCUGUACCACCUAGUUUGCCUAGCUCAAAUCAAUUUUCAGCGCGUAAUCGGAUGGGUGUACGAUCAAGGUAUGUGGAUACCUUCAACAAGGGUGGUGGUGCUUCGACAAAUCUGUUCCAGGCACCAUCAAUACCAUCAGCUAAACCUGUUAGUAUGACAGGCGCCAAGUUCUUCAUUCCCACUGCAGCACCGACAAAUGAACAGACUUCAGGUGCAGAAGCUGGAAACAGAAAUGAAGUUUCUGAAAGUGGAGAAAAGCCUUUCAUGUCCAUGAAUGACCCGUUCCAAAAUCUAGCUCCUUCGCCUGUGGGAACAAUCCAGAGGUUUCCAAGUGUUGGUAACAUACCUAGCAAGAGUACAACAGAAGGUGGGAAAAGUUCUCUUGCACCCCAAUCUCGCCGUACUGCCUCAUGGAGUGCAAUGCAGACUGACCCAUACACUCUGCCACCAACAACUGAGAUCAAAGCUUCCCCACUUUCGUUUAUGCCUAGUAAUCAACUGACGGGUGAUCUGCACAUGAAUCGGGACAACUCUGGGGAUGAUCUCCAAGAAGUUGAACUAUGAAUUGGGGGUGCUGUAAAUACAAAGUUUUGCAUCUUAUGGUCAUUAUAAAGUACACUACCAGGAACUUUCAAGGCCUAGAAAUUGAUGCCCAGCGAAGUGGAGCUUCAAGUUCUGGUUCUAGUUUUCCUUUUCUUCACUCACACCCUUGCCUGCUGCAUAUAUAUCACAAAAUGGUUAAAGUUAUUAUUAUGUACUCUUUAAGGAUAGAACUAGGUUGUUGUAGCCAUUAGAUGGUAAUACUACAUAGCUAUGACUGGGUUCGGGCACAUUGUACAGUUCCAUUUCGUUCGUUAAUUUUAAAUGUACCAUAAUCAACAAUUGAAAUGGAUAGGAGGUGAAUGUGUCAAUAAUUUAGAGCUCAAGGCGAGAUUCAAUAAUGAAAAUGACCUUGAUAA